CCAGCUUGAAGGCGCCAGCAUGAAGGAGCGGGCGGCAGCCUUCCCCUCAGCGGCCCAGGGGAUCAGGGCCAUAGCGAUCUUCCCGGCCGUUGUCUUUCGAGCGCCCUGAGGACCUCCGGGCUCAAUAUGGCCCUCCUCUCGCUCGUCCUCGUGGCCGCCUUCUUGGCCCGAGGGGGCUGCGCCGAUAUCCGAGGUGCAGGAUCCAUCCAUGUGAAAGAUUCUACCUCUGACAUUGUUUACCCUGUCAAAAUCGAUGAGAGAGGCUUCUUCAUCUCCUACAACCUGUCCUACCGUUUUCUCUACAGACGGGAUGUUCUCUCACAGAAUCGUCCCCUGGCUUUCUAUAAACUGUACUAUGGAGAUCAGCAGCUGAGGUUUAACCUGAGUCUUAAUAGCCAGCUUCUAGCUCCUGGCUUUGUUAGUGAGAAACGAUACGGAGGUAUAGCUCAUGCUAAAAUACAAGCUCACAACCAGAACUCAUGUCAUUUGAUUGGGUCAGUUCAGAACCAGGAGCAAGAAAGUGGAUUGGCAGCUAUUAGUACCUGUGAUGGGCUGAAAGGUGUCUUCCGCCUGGCUGAUGAAGACUUCUUUAUUGAGCCGCUGGUUUCAAAUGAAACUAUAGUGAAUACUGCCCAUCCCCACAGGAUAUAUAGACGCCACAUUCCAGAAUAUGAGACAGAAGAACUUAUUUCUGUAGUGAGCAGGAAGCAGUCUGACUUCUUCAGGAUGUGUGGAGUACAAGAAAGCCCUGCGGAGUCUGAGAAGCAGAGAGAAAAAUGGGAGGAGACGUGGCAGAGGAAGCGGCGGAUCAAACAGCGCUCAGUGAGCAAGGAGAAAUGGGUGGAGACCCUGGUGGUAGCUGACACAAAGAUGGUGGAAUACCAUGGCAGUAAUAACAUUGAGAAAUAUGUCCUGACAGUCAUGAACAUGGUGGCUGGUUUAUUCCAUGAUGCUAGUAUUGGGAAUCCAAUUCACAUUUCAAUUGUGCGUCUUAUCUUUCUGGAAAAUGAGGAGGAGGAUCUGAAAAUUACCCACCAUGCGGACAACACCUUGAGAAGUUUCUGCAAGUGGCAGAAAGCCAUCAAUGUCAAGGGGGAUACUCACCCGCUGCACCAUGAUGUAGCCAUCCUACUCACCAGGAAAGAUCUCUGCACUGCUGUGAACCAUCCGUGUGAAACACUGGGUCUCUCUCAUGUCUCUGGAAUGUGCCAACCACACAGGAGUUGUAACAUAAAUGAGGACACGGGUCUUCCCCUAGCAUUCACUGUGGCCCACGAACUUGGACACAGUUUUGGGAUUCAGCAUGAUGGAAGCGGCAAUGACUGUGAGCCAGUUGGGAAAAGACCUUUCAUCAUGUCUCCACAGCUCCUGUACGAUACUUCACCACUCACCUGGUCCCACUGCAGCAGGGAGUACAUUACCCGCUUCCUGGAUCGAGGCUGGGGACUUUGCCUGGAUGACCCACCAGCUCCUGAUGUGAUUGACUUCUUCCCAUCCAUCCCUCCAGGAGUCCUCUACGAUGUCAGCCACCAGUGCCGGCUCCAAUAUGGAGCACAUUCCACCUAUUGUGAUGAUAUGGAUAGCGUCUGCCACACACUCUGGUGCUCUGUGGGGAACACUUGUCAUUCCAAGCUGGAUGCAGCUGUUGAUGGCACCAGAUGUGAUGAGAACAAGUGGUGUUUCAAUGGGGAAUGUGUGCACAUGGAAUAUCAUCCUGAGUCCAUUGAUGGAGGCUGGGCAGCUUGGAGUUCCUGGUCCAGCUGCUCCCGAAGCUGUGGAGCUGGUGUGCAGAGUGCAGAGCGGCAAUGUAGCAACCCCAUGCCAAAGUAUGGUGGGAAAUACUGUUUAGGAGAACGGAAAUGCUUUAGGGUUUGCAAUAUACACUCAUGCCCUGCAAAUAAGCCAUCUUUCCGACAUAUUCAGUGCAGCCGCUUUGAUGCCAGGCCCUACAAAGGGAAAUUUUAUACAUGGAUUCCAGUCCUGAAUCGCAGUAACCCUUGUGAAUUACACUGUCGCCCAAAAAAUGAAUACUUUUCUGAAAAGCUCCGGGAUGCUGUCAUUGACGGGACCCCGUGUCAUGAAGGGAACUCCAGCCGGGACAUGUGCAUUAAUGGGAUCUGUAAGAACGUUGGCUGUGACUAUGAAAUAGACUCUUAUGCCAUGGAGGAUCGGUGUGGCGUAUGCCAUGGAGAUGGAUCCACCUGUCAGACAGUAAAGAAGACCUUUGAGGAGACUGAGGGAGUGGGUUAUGUUGAUGUUGGGUUAAUCCCACCUGGGGCACGAGAGAUUCGGAUUGAGGAAGUGGCUGAAGCAGAGAAUUUUCUUGCCUUGAGAAGUGAAGACCCAGAGAAAUACUUCCUGAAUGGUGGCUGGACUAUCCAGUGGAAUGGCAAUUACAAGGUGGCUGGAACAACCUUCACAUAUGAGAGGACUGGAAACUGGGAGAAUCUUACUUCCCCAGGGCCCACUGAGGAGCCUGUGUGGAUUCAGCUCUUAUUUCAGGAAAAAAACCCAGGAAUCCGCUAUCAAUACACCAUUCAAAGGAAACCUGAUAAUGAGAAUGAGAUCAUUCCAGCUGAGUUCUUCUGGCAGUAUGCAUCUUGGACAAAAUGCACUGUCACCUGUGGCACAGGUAUUCAGAGACAGAUUGCACAUUGCAUUGAGAAGGUCAUUGGGGUUGUGGAAGAGCGCUACUGUGAUGUGCUCAACCGUCCUGAGGACAAGCAGAGGACUUGUAGCAUGGAGCCAUGUCCAGCUAGGUGGUGGACUGGUGAAUGGCAGGUUUGUUCUGCCUCUUGUGGUGACAAUGGUCUGAUGAAGAGAACUGUCCUCUGUAUUCAGAGUGUUGGCCUGGAUGAGCAGCAAGCCUUGCAACCCAGCAAAUGCCAGAAUCUCUCCAAGCCCAAUGCCACAGCCCCAUGCAACCGAGAGGUCCUCUGCCCUGCUCAGUGGAUUACAGGGAACUGGUCUGAGUGCUCAGUGACAUGUGGGAGCGGGACAAGACAACGUCCAGUUUACUGCCCCAGAAAAACCUGCAAUCCAUUACAAAGACCAGUGUCUGAAAUUGCAUGUUCAUUAACACCAUGCUGGAAUAGAAUAGAAAGCAGUGAGUGGUCUGGGAGUGGUUCUUCAAGCAAGGAACUGUUUAAUGAAAUUAGUUUCAUCCCGAACCACCACUUCUCCAAAUUUAGUCCUUCAAUGCCCAAAUCUGAAGACCUCAAUGUCAUAAUAGAGCAAAGUUUUUUGCCCACUGACAAUGAAAAGGGAAAUGUGUUUGUAGAUGAUUUUUACUAUGAUUAUAAUUUCAUCAACUUCCAUGAAGAUCUGUCGUAUGACCCAAUGGAUGAAAAUGAUAGUGGAAGAAAGGACCUGAAGCCAGUUUGGCUGAAAACUGUUAACAACACAAAGAAAGAUUCGAAAGACAUGCAUCCCAGUUUUCUCCCAACCAGAAAGCAAGAGAGCACAACGACAAAUGAAUACUUGCACUAUCCAGUUAUUGGCCAAAGUGAUGACAAAGAACUAGUUAUAAUUCAAGACAACAACACUACUGUCAGCUUGCAUGGUUCUGUUGGUUCAGUUUCUACUUUCUCAGUCACCACUCCCCCUGUAAUCAAAGAAAAAGGUACCCAGGCCUCCAAUUUGACAAUUAAACAUUUUCUCACUAGCAGCAAUCAUGUGUCUAUUGGUAAGACCCAAGAAAACCUUUCUACAAACAAAGUUUCUAAAGAGAAUGUGGUAGCCUUACCAUUCUCUACGAACGUUCCCUCCUCUGCUGACCUAACUUCAGUGAUGUCUUCUGGCAAAGAUAGCAGCAGUCAGGAAAAUGAGUCUCAUGCUCCUGACAGCAGACAGCAGUCUAAUGCUAGGAUGCUAAACAGGAAAAGCUCAAAGGUUUUUGGUGGUGGUGAUAUUAAAAGUGGUGUCUUGCGGAACAUGGCUGAAAAAAGCAAUGUAGAGCAAAAUAAUAUAGUUAAUACCUUUGUUAAUAGUGAAGAUAAUGCAGGUACACUUCAAAGAAUCAAAGACGUUCAGAUCAACACAGUCACAGCAGGUAGACCAUUCUACCACUCUACCCAUCAGCCAUCUCAUUCUACUGAUACCACCCCUAACAUUAGGAGUUCAUAUAGGUUGAGAAAUGACAAGAGCCACAACAUAGCAGAUGUAGAAAGCCACCAGCGCUCUCCCACUGAUGUGUCAGUGGAGAAGUAUUCACUGCCUCCUACAGCUGACCCACCACAAGAAGUGUCCCCCCACAGCUCUGCACAUGAAUUAGUUACUAUUUACAGGGAGAUACUUGCAUCUCACAAUUCAGACUCAAAAGGGCUUCCAUUCCCAGCUGAACCGACAUCUGUGGUGCACAGCCCAGUUUUCUCUAAUUCUUCUCUUUCUAUGCCAGCCACACCAACACUGAAAGAAUAUAGUGCAAUGAAGAUUGACCUGGACACAGAACAUAACUCUACCAUUGGAGGUCAAGAUUCCUUCAGGGAUAGAAAUGAAAGCUCAUCCAAUAGAGUUCACUGGAUAUUUGCUAAUGGCAAUGGGGAUGUCAGGCCCAGCUCCAUUCCUUCCAAGCACCAUGAAGUUAAAAAUAAAAUGUUACCCUCUUUGGUUCCCUCUGCUAUUCUAGCAUCUGUUUUCAACACCAGCUGGGAAGUUGGAAACUGGAGUCAGUGCUCUACUACUUGUGGCCUUGGUGCUAUUUGGAGGAGUGUACGCUGUAGCUCUGGAAAGGAGGAGGACUGUAGCCAUACUGCAAAGCCAGUUCCUGCCCAAAGAUGCUACCCACGGCCAUGUGCCACCUGGCGCAUCGGAAACUGGAGCAAGUGCUCCAGGACCUGUGGAGAUGGUGUGAAAUUUCGGGACAUCCAUUGUGUUGACUCUCGAGACCAGCGACAUCUUCGUCCUUUUCACUGCCAGGGUGUCCUGUAUAAGCCACCAAUACAGAUGACCUGCAAAAACAAACCAUGCCUAGGCUGGUACACUUCAUCCUGGAGAGAGUGCUCUGAGCUAUGUGGUGGUGGGGAACAAGAACGCCUGGUUACCUGCCCAGAAUUUGGAAGGUGUGAUGAAGCACUCCAACCAAAAAAUACAAGAUCUUGCAACAUCCACCCAUGCACUAAGUGGACAGUAGGUUCCUGGGGACAGUGCAGUGCCACAUGUGGUGGGGGCAUCCAGAGAAGGCAAGUGAAGUGUAUAAACACAAAAACUGGAGAAGCAGAAGACGGGACCAGCCUAUGUGACCAUGAACAACAGCCAGGGACUGUCCAGAAAUGUAAUCUUCAAGAUUGCAAUGUCAGAGAAUCAAGCUUUGUCUGUCAGCGCAACCAACUCUCCUUCAACUUCUGCCAGACUCUUCUGCUGUUAGGAAGGUGCCAUCUCCCAACAGUUAGCAUACAGUGUUGUAAGACCUGCCACCACCAUAGCCAUUGGGAUCGUGGAAAUGAGCGUGCCUCCAGAAAGUAAAUGCUUCUGUUUUCAGGGACCUCUUGGAGGAUGAAGAGCCUUAAGGAGCAAAGUUACCUCAAAAAGCAGAGCUUUUUAAACUUGGCCACUCAUUAUGGUUUCCUUCCUCCAGCAGGAUCUUGUGUGGUGCUCUUAAAUAAACAGCUUUUUUUUCAUCAUGCUUAACUCUGGCUGUCUCAUCCAACUGCACUAAAGAAUACCACAGCAACAUCUCCUGGCCCUGAUAUAUUGCAAAAGGAAAAUAUGAUUUAUUGUGUGCAAGACUGACCAUAAUAUCAUGCAGUUGAUAUUUGAGUUGGAAAGCAGCAUGACCAUGGAAGAGCAAUAAUUCUGAGAUAAUUUCAGAAGUGCUUCUGGUGCUAUUAUUUGACUAUACAGUAUUCAGGUUUCACUUGGUGUUGGCAGGCCAGCACAAAACUCUUGACUAUUUCAUUAAAAACAAACACAAAGCAUUUUUAUAUGUUAUGAAAAUGAGCAUCUAACAAAGUGUAGUUUUACUAUUACAUAUUUACUGCAUUGAUAGUGAUAUUCUGUAUUGCUGAUGUGAGGACCUCAAACCAUCUGAGUUUGGUCCCUUAUUUCAAAGUGACUGAGCUGGUUUCAUUAGUGUAGGGAUGGAUAAUGUAUGGCCUGCCAAACAUUGCUACAGUGCAAGUCCCAUUAUACCUCACAACUGGUUACACUGGCUGAGGCUGAUGGGAUUUCAAAUACAUCUGGAGUGCCAAUCCACCUCUACUUUAGAGAUACCAAACAGAGGUUUCAUUUUAACUUGAAUUGGACCAGCUGCUCCAAUCUAUCUGUGAUUCUCCCCACCCACCUCUUAAUGAUGCCUGCUUUUGGUUAGCAGUCUCUUUUCACUGGACUGCAGGUACUGGUACACUGAACAAGUCCAAGAGUACCUAAAGUACGAGUACUCGGAUUUUCUGGAUCCAUUUCAAUUGGAUUUCAGGCCGGGUUUUGGUACAGAGAUUGUCUUUGUUGUCCUGUACAAUGAUCUUUGCUGCGAGUGUGACGGGGAGUGUGACCCUGUUGAUACUCCUGGACCUCUCAGUGGCUUGCGGCACCGUUGACCAUUGUGUCCUUCUGGAUAGGCUGGCUGGGUUGGGAGUUGGGGACCCCGCUUUACGGUGGUCCCGCUCCUGCCUGGCUGACCAUGUCCAGAGGGUGGUGCUAGGGAAACAGUUGCUCUGUCCCAUGGCGUUUAUGUCAUGGGGUU